AUGGGGGACAGAAACCUGGACUGGAACCGGACGACCGCCCCGCUCCCGUUCGUGUGGUCGGACAUGGAGCCGGCGAUCUACGAGCUCAGCGAGUCGUUCCUCCCCGUGGACCUGUCCGCCUCCCACCUCGCGCUGGGCAGGUCGUCGUUCCUCUCGCUCUUCGAGGACGAGCUGGGCGCCGACGAGGCGAGGCGGGGCUACGACGGGCUUCUGCCGGAGAGGCCGGGACCCUGCACCCUGGCGGCCUCGCCCCUGCCGGCCAAGCGGGCGCACGUGAGCUCCCUACUGGCGGAGGCCAGGCGCGGCGCAUUCGAGUCCCAGCUGGAGCGGAGCGUCCUGCCCAGCUCCACCGUCUUCGCGCGCCUGGAGCAGGCCCUCCAGCGACCCCCGGAGGGCAGCAAGGCGGCGCUCCAGGCGGCCCUGUUCUACGUGCUCGGCCUCCGCAUAAGCUGCGCCCUGCCCCUCCCCCUGGACCCCGACACCGUGGUGAAGCGGGCGCUCCUCCUCUUCCUCCACAACGGCGGCUCCUUUUUCAGGCAGGUCCUCAAGCGGUUCGGCGUCCUCGCCGGCGAGUGCGCGGUCUCCCUCUCGGACUUGAGGGCGGAGUCGACGCAGAACGCAAGCAAGCAGCUCCCGCCUCCCCUGACCCACUGCAUCCAGGUCCUGCAUCUUGUGCUGACCUCCCUGAACCUGCGGGGGGUCACCGUCUUCGAGCACACCGUCUACGAUCGCCUGGACGGCUCAGUCGACUGCUCGCCCUACCUCCACACCUUCGAAGGCUUCGUCAGGGCUCUGGUCCACCCCCUUGCGCUCCUACUCUCCAAGCUGAUCCAGGCAGACGCAGGCCCGCACAACAACACCUUCAACAACGCGAUCGCCCGCUGCGUGGCUUGCUGCCGCCCGGUGGCCCUGCUGAGACAGGCGCUCCUCCUCCUCCUGGGCCCGCUGGGCGACCACAAGCAGGCCCGGAAGUGCCGGAGCAUCCGCAGGAUGGCCCUGGAGGAGCAGGGCAGCGCCGGGUCUUGCGCGAUCAAGACCGUCAAGCGGCUUCCGCCCCCGCGCUUCCGUGGCUACGUCAACCCCACAUCCUCGUCUGUCGCGGCCCUGCUGCGGUUCUUCGAGGGCUCGUUCAGGCCGAAGGACACCCCCUUCUCGUCCGGCAACGUCUCCCCCUACGCCGAUAAAGGCGUCGCAGACCAGAUGGCAGAGUGUGCAAGCGUCAUUACGGCCUUCAACGCCCGCCAGCCCAACAGGCGGCGCCCGGGGCUCUUCCCGGGGCUCGCAGAGGAGUACGCCAACCGGAGGGACGAGGCCGCGCUAGGCCUCUUCCAGCUGCUCCCCAGGCCGGACGUGCGGAUCGGCCUGCAGUCCCUGGCAGACCUCCACGGCGGGUACAUGGCCAUGCGGUACAGCUGCGACGCCAGAGAGUCAGUCAUGUCGCGCUCCCAGGAGACCUCUGUCGGCGGCCGGAGCGACCUGGACGGCGGGUACGACGCCGAGCUGGAGCGCACCCUCGGCAACGUGGUGGUCACCAGCGACUACCGCAUGUACCUCAACAGGGUCAAGCGGGGGCUGACCGCGUCCUUCCCGUUCUCGGGGAGGCCGGUUGCGAAGGGCAAUCUGCCCUACUUCGAGCGGUGCAUAGAGAAGGUGCUGUCCUUCAACUACCACGAGGAGCGGUUCCGCAGCAUCAAAUACCACGAGCUGGUCAACGUGCUCACCUACGCGCUUCCCCUGGACGUCCAGCGGGCGAUGCUCGUCAGCAUUUCCAACGAGGCCGACUGCGUCCUGGAGCACCAGUUCUACCACCUGAUCCGAGAGGUCGACAUGCCGGCGUUCCUCUCGUCGCUGCUCCGCCUGGCGCUGUGCGGGGUCCCCCACAUGCUCGAGACGGUCCUGUCGGCCAAGGCGACUGCGGGCACGACGAAGGACGCUGAGAAGGGCGCGUUCUCCAACAACACCCCGUCGUCCACGCGGCACGUCCGGGAGUCUGUGCUGAAGAGCUGCCUCCACGUCCUUCUCCUCCUGCAGGCGAAGGCCCGCCAGGUCCACCCGAGCGUGGGCCUUUUCGUCUCCAGCAUAAUACAGCGGUGCAACGGUCAGGGGUGCGGGCUCGACGCCGUCAUCGCCACCAUGUGCCUGCCUGCGGCCGCGUACAUAACGGGCGUGGACCCGCGGACCGCCGCGCUGGGCACGUGCCUUUUCCUCCCCGGCCAGGCCGCGGACGCGCUCGCUCCGGACGAGCGGGUGGCCGACGCAGGCGAGUUCCUCCAGGCCAGGCCCGCCAAGCAGGGCGCCCCGCCGGACCCGGCGCUAGACCCCGCGAGGCCCCUCCACAGCAUGGCGAGCGGCAGGCGGCUGUUCUGCCUGCUGACGGCGUCGCGCUGCUUCUACGGCUACAUCUCGCACUCCGCGUCCCGGGCCCAGGAGGCCCUCGCCCUCUACUCGAAGGUGAGCGCCAAUUACAUCUCGUACAUCCUGCAGUCCUCCAGCACGGCGGCCAGCCAGGGGUCUGCCGCUGCCGCCGCAAGCCAGGCCCUUCCAGACAACCUCAGCCAGACGACCGUCUUCACCAGGGGCGCCCUGCAGCGCAAGGCAGGGGCCGCGGCGCAGAGCGUCCCGGGCGGGGGCUCCAGGCCGCCGAUGGCGUACAUCCCGAACAACCUGGCCAACCUGAUGGAGUUCCUGCGCGGAGACAAUAGCACCAACAACCCCGCCAACAUAAACACGGCGGGCACGCUCACGUGCAACUUCCCGGGGUACCAGCUGUCCAAGGUCAACAACCUUUCGUCCAUCGUCGUGCUUCUGAAGAUCGCCAAGCACAUACUGCCCUUCGCGGCGGGGGACUACUCGCGCAUAUACGGGGUGUUCGAGCUGCAGGGCCUCCCCGCCUUCCGCGAGUACCUGACGAAGCUCAUCUACCAGCUCUCCAUAAGCCCGUGCAGCGAGGACAGCUGGCGCUGGACGAGGGACGUCGUCGCGAAGAACGCGGCGAUCUUCGCAGAGUUCGAGCGCGCCGCCUUAAUAGCCUUCACCGAGAAGUACCUCCUGCCCGACCGCCACCCGUCGCUGGCCCACUACGGGUGGCUCUACGAGAGCAGCCUGCCCGACGCCCCGGAGCAGUACGCGGCGGAGGAGGCCGUUGCGCUCUCCCAGCUCCACGCGGGAUGGCCCUGUAACCGCAUCUGA